AUGCAGAUCUCCACGCUCGCCACUUUGACGGUUCUGACCACCGUUGCGUUCGCCAAGCUCCACAGCGCGGCUGUUUGCGUCCAGAACAGAUCGUACGGCAGCACUGGCAACGGCACACCUUAUGGCAUCACGUACGGUUCUUUCAAGGAGUACGAAAUUGACGGUGAGGCCACAAAAUGUGCCUGCGGGUACUACAAGAACCGCAACACUGGCAACAAGCAAUGGGACAAGUGCCCUGAUUGCACUUUCGAUGGUCUCCAGUGUCUCUCCAAUGGCUGGCAUAUCGGUGGCGAUGAGAUGACAUACUACUGCGAGAAGAAGUGCGGCGCUCAGGGAGCUGAGGCCAACUAA